GUGUAAAAAUUUUUACAUUUAAAAUUUAUCCUUAACUUUUUCUUCUCCGUAGCUCAAUUGCUACCCAACAGAUUUCAAGUUCCCCUGGAACGGCGAGAUGAUUACCUCCGUCAUGAUUCGCAGCAAGGCCUCCGACCUCGCCACCUCCCUGAAGCGCUCCGCCGCCACCCAGAACAAGCCGAAGAAGUUGAAGAAGAGUGCCAAGAAACCUCGCGUCCAGGAUACCGUCGUUCCCUUCGCCACCGCGGCCUCCCUCCCGAAACGAUCCAGCACAAAUCUGAACCCCCUGCGAUUUACCGGGCAAGAGGGAGGAGCUACUCAUAGGCGAUGCGCGAUUUCCCGGGCAAGAGGGUGGAGCUACUCAUAGGCGAUGCGUUCGUGGAUGGAUCUGAAUCGUCCGACCGGAAUCUGGUUGGAGCCAUCCUGAGCGCGUCCGAGCGAGCAAGUUUGGAUGUUGCAAAAGAAAAGGAGGUGGGAGGACUGUUUGAUCCGAAGAAGGAUUUGAUGAUAGGCUAGGGAAUCUAGGGUUUUGGGAUGUGGACGUGGAGGAAGGGGAUAGCGAUGGGGUGACGGGGUGUAUGUUUACAUUCCCCAUUCUGACCCUUUUUCCGAGAUUUUAGCGCAUCCCUUCUCCCCUACAAAGAUUUUGAGUUGUCGCUAUGAUGGACUCAUCCGGUUGAUGGAUGUCGAAGAUGGGACCUUUAAUAUGAUCCACUCCGGUGAUGAUCUUAUUUACUCGAUCUGCCAGUCAGCAGUCGAUACUAGCACAAUUUAUUCUGCGGAAGGUGCAGGAGAACUGAAACUUAAGGCUGAGAGGACAAGAAGAGUUUCAAACUCUUGGGAUUUGCAUGAUAAAAGAAUUAAUACGAUUGAUUUCAAUCCUGAGAACCCCAACAUGAUGGCUACUCGCAUAUGGGACUUGCGAUUAAUGAAGAAACACCAACCAGAUAGUUUAAAGACAGUACAACAUCAAAGUUCUGUUCAUUCUGCAUAUUUCUCACCUGGUGGGCUCCGACUCGCUACAACAAGUGGAAGAAGAGAAUGGGGCGGCUCAAGAUGAGGCAGAGAUCAAAGUAGUCCUGCAGUGGUGAUGGUAGGCAAAUCUGCAUCAGUUCAUUCUCCACAUGCUUUCGGAAGUGUGUUUUGGUAAAGAAAGAGAGCUUCGAGUAGUGUUUUCUAGUUGCUUUAGUUUAUUGUUAGGGAAAUUAAAGUAUUAUGCUUGUAGCAUUUGAUACUACCAAAUCGGACGGAACCGA